AUGGGUAAUCUUCCCAAGUACAGAGUAGACCAGCCCAGUCGGUGUUUUGAGGCAUGCGGAGUGGAUUAUGCCGGUCCGGUGUCGAUAAAAUCUAGCCAUAGAAGAAAUGCAGCCAUCAGUAAGGCAUAUAUAUGCAUUUUUAUUUGUUUGGCUACCAAAGCCGUGCAUAUUGAAUUAGUAUACGAUUUGACCACAGGUGGGUUUAUAGCGGCAUUGAAACGGUUUAUUUCACGCCGUGGAAUAUGUCUACAUAUGUAUUCGGACAACGCCACAAACUUUGUUGGCGCUAAUAAAAAACUGUCGGAGUUGACAGCGAUGUGGAAUUCCAAAGAACACAAAGAAAAAGUACAAUCAUUUUUUAAUGAGUUGUCCAUAACAUGGCAUUUUAUUCCACCACGGGCUCCGCAUUUUGGAGGCCUCUGGGAGGCCGCUGUGAAGUCAGUUAAGCAUCAUUUAAAUAGGACAGUCGCCGCCACCAGGCUUACGUAUGACGAGAUGUAUACCGUGCUUGUACAAAUUGAGGCGUGCUUAAAUUCACGCCCGCUCGUACCAUUAUCUAAUGAUCCGAAUGACCUGGCUAUUUUAACCCCCGCGCAUUUCUUAAUAGGUAGUUCACUUGUGGCUUUACCCCAGCCCGAUCAAACGCAUAAAAAAGAAAACUGUUUAUCACGGUGGGAAAGAGUUCAAAAAAUCACCCAAAGCAUAUGGAAAAUGUGGAGUAUGGAAUACUUGAAUCAACUUCAGAUAAGGGCUAAGUGGCAUAGAUUGGAUAAGGCCGAGAUCAGGUUGGGAACUAUGGUCUUACUAAAAGAAACAGGUGUGCCCCCACUCCAUUGGCUCAUGGGACGUGUCGUAUCAGUACACCCAGGUCGGGAUGGAGUUACUAGAGUCGUGGAGGUCAACACUCGAGGCGGUAUAAAGAAGAGGGCUAUACGAUUG